CAUUCCUUUCGUUUCUUGUUGGAAAUAUCUCCAAGAGGAGGAGGAUUCCUUCGGCGGAGGAAGGGAGAUGAAGAUACAGUGCAACGCGUGCGAGGCAGCCGAGGCGGCGGUGCUCUGCUGCGCGGACGAGGCCGCGCUCUGCUGGGCCUGCGACGAGAAGGUGCACGCCGCCAACAGGCUUGCCGGGAAGCACCAGAGGGUGCCUCUCCUCUCCGACGACGGUGGCGGCCCUGUCUCGGGGAGCAGCUCUUCCACCGCCUCUGGCGUCCCCAAGUGCGAUAUCUGCCAGGAAGCUUCUGGCUACUUCUUUUGUUUGGAAGACCGUGCCUUGCUUUGCAGGAAAUGUGAUCUUUCUAUACACACAGCAAACUCUUACGUGUCUGCUCACCAAAGAUUUCUACUAACAGGGGUGCGAGUAGGACUCGAGUCUGCUGAAUCAGUGCCUGUUGCUAACCAGCAGUUGCAUGCUGCAGGAAAAGCUGUCUUAUCUCCAUCUAAACAAUUGCGUCUUAUGUCAUCCACUGAGACCAAUGCAGUUUCAUCCAGUCAAAUAGCCAGGGUUGGAGGUUCAGUGGCAAGCAUGGCCCCAGCAUCAGGGUUCAGUAUGUCUGGAAGUGCACCUGGUUGGCCUUUUGAUGAAUUCUUUGGCUUCCCAGAUAUCAAUCAAAAUGGUUUUGCAGAGCAUAAUGCCUCUAAGGCUGACAGUGGAAAGCUCGGAAGCCAUGGAUCGUCACCACCUUAUCAUUCUGUUGACAGCGAUCUGGAUGCCUAUGAAUGCGUGGGCCAGCAUCCGGAGUACUACUGGGCGGUGCCGGAAAUUCCAUCCCCACCCACGGCUUCAGGGCUCGGCUGGCAAAGAAACCUGCUUCAUCCUGCAUCCGAUGAUGCUGCUUUUGUGCCGGACCUUUGUUCUUCGUCUCAUCACGUGACCACAUCAUUUCGUUCACACCGUCAUCACCGUCGAUGUUAAAAAUCUUGGGGAUGAUGUGAGUUGAAAACCAGUUUGCUAAUGCAAGGCUUGUUAGGAAGGAUGAUGUGAAUUGUUUGCUCACUGCUGAAUCCUUUUAUCUAUAUUUUGAGGUACAUUGCAUCAUCAUAGAUAAUAAGCAAAGAUGGGUUUGUUUCA